GCACGUUUCAGGAGUUACGCAAAUGUCCGGUGUUGGUUGGCAGUUGCUUUUCAUCUCCUUUGCUGUGUGUGAGAGACAAGUGUCAAUCUCAAUUUGAAUAACUACGCUUCUAUUUCGUGACUCAUGGCAAAGUCAAAUAGGGCGACUUCGAUACGUGAAUACUCGACCAGAAGAUGAUGGCUCUCUCACUUUCGUUUUGCUUUUUCUUUCUACUUCGGUUUACCCACGCCGCAGCCGAUCCCCCAGUGCCGCCAAAAUGCUCGGUGGACGACGCAGCAGACGAGAACUGCAGCGAGUUCGCUUUGUCCACAACGACGGAUCUCGCGGGCUCCCCUGGCGAUUUUUUCCAAGCUGCGCGCACAGCAAAAAUCUCCCCGGAGCAAUCAGAAAGCCUACGCCUUCCUCCACCCAUAACCAUGCGGGCACACACCACGGCCGCGGCGCGGCCCAACGCAGCCCAGUGGGUGCACAGCUUCGCGGAAGCCCGCGCGCCCUGGUAUCUAGGCGAGGCGGAAAGACUGAUCGACAUUGCGUUCAAGCAGGCCAGCGGCAGGGACCCGUCGCAGAGUGACCCAUUCGUGAAACUGUUCGAAGCGCAAAACCACAUCGUUGCGGCCCUGGAAAUGGCCCCUAGCCUGCCUGCCGUCUGGUUCCGCGCCGGCUUGCUAAUUUUAAGGACUGCUGAACUAGCAGAGCAGGACGAAGAAGCGAGCGACGGUACAAUUUGAAUGGGGACAGCUAUAUGUGGAUUCGCUCUUCUUUACACCCGUAUAUGUCUGAUCAAGCGUUUUCGUUUGUUUAACAAAACGCACCAUCAUUAUCAAGCUCAACCCAAAAACAGGUCGCGGGCACAGCUCCAAUCUGGUGUACAGUUUUGGUCUUCUCAACCGCGCAAUCGAUCUUGACAAACUGGCUUUCCAGACCGAGCCGCAGGAGGAGGAGAGCUCAGAAGACGACGACGAGAACAACGAGCCCGUCGUCCCAUCCUCCACCGGUUCAUCCUCCUCCCUGCAGAAGCAGCUGCAGAAGCGGGGUACUAGCAUCAAGAAAGCAGUGAAAAAGUCCCGGGCGCGCAGCUCGCAGUUCGUCCGCAAGAGUGUCGACGAGUGGCUUAAAAACAAACCGGAAGAUCAUCCGCUCGUUCUCCGGUUCCGGAAGGACGGACCGCCCUUUUACGAUGUGGAGAAUUCGCUGGGACAAUUCUUGCCACCACAAAUAGCGAAAUACAAUCAAAUCACAGAACCCCAGCAGGUUCUCGCCUCACCAGAAACCGCAGCUGCACGCGCAGAAAGAGCCACUUCUGUCGAGAAGAUGAACGCAACUACGAUUGAGUACGUGACCCCGAGUGGGCAAACUCCGUCUGUCUGGCACACGGAGCCUCUCUUCGCCACCCGGGUCGGCGUGAAACACAUCGACAGCAUCACGCCGGAAAGCCGGAGCAAGGUCGCCAAGGUGUUCGAGAACAAGAUGCGGCAAUUGCAUGAGCAGCUGGAGCGGGAAAAAGCGGCGAAGCGGGCGGGAACUACACGAGAUAGCAGCGACGAGGAUCCUCAAAUAGACAACGCGGAUGAGGAUGAGGUCCGGAACGAGCAUUUUGUCUCGCUGUCGGACAGGUUUUUUCAGAUAUGGCAAGACAACAUCGAGAUGGUGCUGCAUCCGCAAGAGGAGGAUGACAAAACUCGCGGCAAGAAAACGAGCUCGGUCACGAAAGCCGCCGCUGCGGCGUCCAAGGCCUCGCCCGGGAAGCAACUGCUCUACUACGACAACCUUUCGGAACGCAAGGAAUGGAACAAGCGCAUCAAGAAACAGUGGCCGGAGUUACACAAAGUCAGUAAGGAGGUGUACAAAAUAUCGGACGUGGUGCGCGCCGAAGCCGUCGCCUACGCGCAGCACUUACUCGGAAAGGAACGUUUCGCCGAUAGUGUGCGAAAUCUGCGCGGCUCGGCGGUGCUCUGGGCGCAGGUGUACUUGCCCAAAGGCGGGCGGCACCACGUGCACGCGCACCAGGAUUCGCUAGUCAGCUGCGUGUACUACCUGGCUUCGGACCCGAAUCGCACACCGCUUGCUCUGGUCGACCCGCGAGGCGGCUCCGUGUUGCGCGACUACGAGUCGGCGGCGUUUGUGUACGAAAAGAGCACGUUUGGCAAGGAGCAGAACAUCACAACCGGGUCGGUCGCGCAAGACGCGGAAACGAAGAAAAACUACAAGAACGGGGCGAAAAAGGUCAAAACUGAGCGCGACCGGGAGAAGCGAUUGCGGAGGGAGUGGCAGCCGGGGCCACCCUUCCACCACCCGCACUACGUGUUCACGCAGUCCGGGGACCUCGUCUGCUUCCCUUCGUACUUGAUCCACUUUGUCGGCGCGCACAGCGGAUCGCCGUUGACCCGGGUGGCCUUUGCCUUCAAUUUGCAGUUUGGGGAGAGGAAAGACGCUUGGUGGCAGGUGGCGACCAGUGCGUCGUGAGGGAGGAUUCAAUUGCGGAGUGGGGCAGCGCGGAGCAUGCUAGUGUCGUGCUGCUUUGGAGGGCGGUGUAGGAGCGAAUUUUGCAUUGGGAAACGAAAACUGCGAUGAAUGAUUAUUCAAGACCUUCUAUGAUGCGUUAGGACAGGAUCGGUUUUUAAUUCUGACCGCAACUGCCAAGCAACAAUGGACAGAUAAAUUUGCACGAUAAGAGAGUUGCAGUGCGAUGGCAACAGUACUCCGGCCUCGGUUACGUGGCGCAAUCGUAUGAAGGAAAAGGAAAUUAAUUUAUCAUUAUGCGUGUUUCCAGU